UGUGACCUGACGUGGCAAUAUAACAAGACUUCCUCCGGCAACACCACCAAACCACACACAGAGCGCAUAUACCCUCACCAAAGCGCAUUAGAAUCUCAUAGCUCGAGAUGAGCGCUUCUUAUCUGCAACAACUUUGCCUACUUCAAUUGGUCUGGUACCUUGGAUGUUGGAAGGUGACAGGUGAGAGAAGAUGAUUUAUAUAAUUUAAAUUAACUUCAACAUUUCUGUAUAACUUAAGCUAUCUGUCUUCUUAAAAUCUGAAAUCGAUUUUUGUUGUUGUUGAAUUAGCUAUUUAUAUUGUUGUUGGCUAUUACAUGCAUUUAUUGUAUGUUAUAGAUUGAUAAAAUAAAAAAAUGUAUACUUUUGAAACAUACUUUUUUUCUUUCUAUAGAGGCUAGUCCAUACAAAGAGCGUGAACAUGGAAUUGCUUUCAGAAGGGUAUGGGACAUUGUUUUUUAAGUGUUUUUUAUGCAUGCCUAUACAUGAAAAGUGCAAAUAAAAGGCAAUUGUGUAAUUCGAACAAAUAUUGUGAAAUUUGAUUUUAAAUUAAUUAUUAAUUACUUAUGAAUGAAUUAUUAGAUUGACAACAAGGCUACAUUUCCUUACCUGAUACCAGAGACAAAGUGUUAAAAUGUAGUAUGAAGGUGUUCUAGACCCAAAUAAAUCAAUACAUCCCUUGAAUAUGUAUCACUCUGUCUGUAUCUGUGUGUCAAUCUUUCACUGUUUAAACAUCUCAGUCCUCUACUGCAUUCAUCAGAGGAGAGUUCUGGUCACAGACGGCAUUAGUGUUAUCUGCUUUGUUUGCACCACUGGAGAAAUCGCAUCUGUGUCUGAUUGGGGGUCAGCAGGUGAUUCCAACCAAAUUAAAUGGUGCUUCUUGUUACUUGUUGUGACUGGGCUAGGUUAUACGUGGUGAGGGGGUUGCGGACACAAGUGAGUCACUGUAAAUUAAAAGACUGGAGGGGGAUAAGAAUAUAUAGGACUUCCACCCACUCCUAUCAACUAGACACGCCGAUGACUGAAACACGAUCAUUACUUUGCAAUAGGUAUACAGUGGAUGUCAUGUACAACAGCUUUUAUGUUUGCUUAGGUUUAGUGCCUUGUGAUGUGUUAUAGACUUGCGUUUUAUCAUUGACCAUUGAUUUGUCUGCUGCAGGGUCCUGGGAGCCAGACUGAUGUUGGUGAUAUGAUGGGGAGGGAUCAGAAUGAGGUAAGGCUUAGCUACCGUAUGACUCAAUCUUAUCAGAUGGUAUACGAUAGCAGUUCUGACGCCAGUGUAAUUAUUCUCUCCCUGUCCCUCUCCCCAUCACAGGAGCAAGUUCAGAAUGUAUUCAAAAGAGUAAGUUCCUCAACAAUAUCACACCCUAUUCCUAAAUACUUGUUUAUACCUUAUUCCUCAAAAUACUGAGGUAAACUUGCAGGCGUACUAUUCAUUGUCUUUGGAACAGUGUUGACUUUGUAUAUGCUCUUUUCGUCAGUUCCUGUUUCACUAUUCAAAGGACAACUCGGUAGACUCUGUAGAGCAUGCGGUAAGUAGAGAAACACUCCUCGGUGCACAAAUUGUAUUUCAAUAUUGCUUCAGAAUGUUAGUGAAUUAUGUCUGAGAGCAAAUUAGAACUAUGUAUACACCCUUAAACAACCAUGUUAUUUUUGAUUGUUCACAUCACAUACAAUGUGGCAUAUAAGCAACAGUGUCAUUUGAUUUCCUGGACGGCACAGUAUGGGAUUUUGUCUUUAGUCUGUGUUUGUUAUAAUGUUUCAUUGAUCUGAUUAUUUAGUAAUUCAAUGUGAUUGGAAUCUAACAGGCAUUCUCCUCUCUAGUCCCAUUCAGUGCACCCGCUGAUGCGCCUGUCACCCAAACUGUCUCAGAGGAGAAAGAAGCAGCACAUGCUUUUGGUAAGGACCCUGUGCUGUUUCAACCCUGAUGAUUAGCAGAAUAUCAAUAUUGAAGCGGGAG